AAAUCACCCCCAAAUUCACACGCAGAUGAUACACACACACACACACACACACACACACACACACACUCUCUCGUGCACCCGGCAGUUGCAUACGCUCCAAUUUUGCUGUCCAUCUCACUCUACAUCAGCACACUCUGACGCUUAAUUCUUCUCUCUCUAGAAAUUCUAUUUCGCGCACGGGAUUUUAGGGUUUUUGCUUCAAUCAUCAGUAGUCAAUCACAGCUGGUAACAAGGUAACUAGACAGGGGUUGACUUCUUUGGAGAAAUCACGGGAGCAUGCAAUCCAAGUCAAAAAAUGUCGACCAAGGAGAAGACAAUGCUUACAAUGUAGCAAAUUCCACCGUAUGUUCUGAACCAUGGUGGAACAAUACUGGAAAUCCCCCCUUUGCCCCUGCAAUGAUGCGGGGAAGUGCAUCAGAGUCAUCUUCCAUGGAACAAUCUGGGGAUGGCCAAUCACAGUCUGAGGGUAUAGUGGACGAGGAAGAUGAUGAUACUGUCCAACACUCACCUAGUAGGGUACCUCCCCAGCCAGGUAGAGACCGUAAGGAGGACAAUACGAAUCUCCAGCAAGUUGAGCCUACCUUACAUCCUAGACCUGAUGGAAGCCUUACGCAGCCCAUGCAACUUGAGCUUGUUGGCCACUCAAUUGCAUGUGCUUCAAAUCCUUAUGAUCCAUAUUACGGAGGGAUGAUGGCAGCUUAUGGCCAACCUAUGGUUCCUCAUUUAUAUGAUAUGCAUCACAUGAGGAUGCCACUGCCUCUGGAGAUGGCACAAGAGCCUGUUUACGUUAACGCCAAACAAUACCAUGGUAUCCUACGUAGGCGGCAGUCACGUGCUAAAGCUGAGCUUGAAAGGAAGCUAAUCAAAGCUCGGAAGCCAUAUCUACACGAGUCUCGACACCAACAUGCCAUGAAGAGGGCAAGGGGUACCGGGGGUCGUUUUGCAAAGAAAUCCGAUGCUGAUACUUCAAAGGGAACAGGUUCUGAAUCAGCUGUAUCUGAUGCAGCAAAAGUGACCGAGGCUCAGAAUAUGUACAGUUCCAGUCAUCAGUGGGGAAAUAUCCAGUCCAAUCACGCACUUGCUAUGCAGUGAAGUUCGAUCUGGACUUUGUGUUGGUUACCUGUUUCGAUCUUGGCUUUUUCCGAGCUGGGCGGCAAUUCAUUCUUGGCUGUGUUUCGAUAGUUUGAGGAGGAGGAGGAUCGUUUUCUCUUCUUUCGAGUACUACUGUUCUUCUCUUUUGUGUACAAAAUUUCUAUUUAGCACUAGAAAUGGAGUGUGUAAAAACUAAAGUUUGAGUAGGAAAAAUCCCCACUAGAACGUUUGUAAAGUCCCGUACUAAGAGUAGCAUGUGUUCUUACUUGCCUGCAUAUUUGCUCCAUGUUCAGAUGUGAAGUUUCGAACUCCGGUCUUGAUUAUAAUCGUUGUUUUGAAAUGAUGAUUGUUAUUUUAUUUAUAGAGCUGGGAAUAACGUA